CCCUGGCUCCCCACACUGUCAACUGCAACUUCACAACCACUGCUGGCGCCGGGGCUACAUGAGCUAGCUUUCCCAGCAGCUAGAGACUGUCAGUGGCAAACUUACAGAAGUGCCACCACGAAUAAACCAAUUCCAUCCACGAGCAUAACAACCACCACCGACACCACAUCCAGCCAACAACCACCGAUUCCGCUCCCAGCAACUCUCCCACUAUACCCAGCAUUGCAUCCAACUGUGAUGGCUCCUAUAAGGUCUCAUCCGGAGACCAGUGUAAUGCCAUUACCAAGAAGCAUAGUAUUACUGAAGUAUAGUUCAAGAGCUGGAACAGCCAAGCCAACACGACUCGACUACUUUGUCUGUGUGCAUAUUCCCAGCACAGUCGCCACCUUGGCCCCCCAGCCAUCAGCCACUACAGGCCCAACACCCCAGAAACCUGGUAUUGUCACCAGCUGUCAGAAGUACCAUCUGAUUAAGGAUGGUAAAAGCUGCUGGUCCAUCUGCAUGGAGGCGGGUAUUACCUUGGUAUAG